UAAUAAGUGAUAAAGUAAUAACAAGCAAGCUUCGGCCUUCGAGUUCAUCCUUAUGUCCCUUUCAAAUUACUCGAGGACUUACUUCGGAAACAAAAACUGCUUGGGACCGUGCGCGAACAAGUCUUCUUGAGAAGUUAGUAUGGUUGAAGAGAUUUCAUAUAAUUCCUUAUCUUGGCUCGAAGUUAUAUGAAGGAAAUAAGAACGCGGGACCUCUUAAAAGAGACCCCCCUGUCACUUUUGAGCGCUUACUUAAUAUAAUUAAACCCGAAAGAAAGCGUCUGGCUAUAGGUCUACUAGCAACAAUGAUGUCUUCAGUGUCUUCUCUCGCUUUUCCUUCUGCUGUAGGACACAUAAUUGAUAUCGUUAAUCAAGCUGACUAUGAUCUUCUUAAAGUUAAACUUUAUCUUUCAGGGAUGGGCCUAGUGGUGCUGAUCGGCUCACUUUCUACGUUUAUUAGAACUUCACAACUUUCUCUCGUAAACGAAAUCGUGUCUAGAAACUUAAGAAAAGAAGUGUUUACAUCUAUAUUACUGCACCGUACGGACUUUUUUGUUCGAAAUAGUGCUGGCCUUCUGGUUGCGAGAUUAGCUAAUGAUACGGUAAUCGUAGCGACAACUUUAACCGAAAACAUUUCGCGUUUCUUGAAAUCAACCUUUUCCGGAAUCUUUUGUUCUUACUUGCUUUUUCGCAUUUCUCCAAAGUUAAUGAGUUUUGCAACUACUAUAUUACCGAUCCUUGCACUUUUCACCGUAGUAUAUGGGAGAUAUAGAAAAAAAGCUACUCAGGAUCUUUUAACAGCUCUUUCUAAAGAAACACAAGUGAGUACCGAAAGUUUUACCGGCAUUAGAGCCAUCCAAUCAUUUGUUCAGGAAAAGUUUGCUUAUAAACGCUAUUGUACUGCCGUAAAUCAGUCUUUUCAAAUAGCACGAAAGAUGGCUUUAGUAGAAGGACUAUUUCUUGGAGGUGGAACCCUAACCUCUCAAGCGACGAUGAUUUAUGUACUCUUCAAAGGAAGUAUGCUGCUUAGCGAGAAUAUAAUAACCAUUGGAUCUUUAACUUCCUUUUGCAUGUAUACCGGCUACUUAUUUAUAAAUGUAAGUCAACUCGGAGUUUCUAUAAGUGAAUUUAUGAAGGCUCAAGGAGCCAGCAAACGCGUUUUUUCCUUGAUAGACAGUGGUAAUGCCUUAAAAGAUUUACCCAAAAAAGACGUUUUGCCUGAUGAUCACACACCUGAACUUAAAUUUGAGAACGUUCAUUUUUCAUUCCCUCAAAGUUUGGAGAGUGAAAUACUCGAUGGUGUCACUUUUUCUAUCCGUCCAGGCGAAAAAGUUGCUAUUACUGGGCAGAGCGGCUGUGGCAAAAGUACAAUUGCUUCUCUUCUAUUACGUUAUUACGAUCCCACCAAAGGAAAAAUAUUUUACGGCGGUAAAAACAUAGAAGAACUUGACAUAAGCUGGCUUCGAAAGCAAAUCGCAGAAGUAAGCCAAGUUUCGUAUCUUUUUAGCGGGACUAUUGCAGAAAAUAUUUCUCUAAGUAGAAGCGACGAUAACUUUUAUAGUCUUGAAGAUCUUGUUAAAGCAGCACAAAGUGCAAAAGCAGACGAAUUUAUAAGAAAACUUGAGAAGAAUUACUUUUUCCAGGUAGGCGAAUCUGGAGGCAAUUUGAGUGGCGGGCAGCGCCAAAAGAUCAGUAUUGCUCGCUGUCUCUAUUCCACUGCAGGAUUGGUUGUUUGCGAUGAACCAACCAGCGCCUUAGAUGCCCGAGAAAAGAGAACUGUAACAAAUUCUCUCUUAAAACAUUUAACGCACCGUACGGCUUUUAUAAUAACUCAUGAUCUCAAUAUUCUUAAAGCUGUAGAUCGAGUUAUAUUGUUGGAGAAGGGAAAAGUUAUUGGAAAUGCCCCGUUUUCUGAGUUGGUAAAAACGAACGAAGCUUUUAGUAAACUUUCCGCCUACUUUUUUUAAAAAAAAAAUUCCUCAGUUCAGAU